AUGGGGUUCAGCCUCCAAGUCGCCGGUCCAGCCGCCAUCGUCUCUGUCGUUGUUCUGAGUAUAAUCAUAGUCAUCCGCCUCACCGGAUUCGCUAUGCUACAAUACGGCCGUAGGAGGUACCCAGAACCCCAUGGACGCUUGAACUUUCCAAAAGAAAUCUCUGUCAUCUUGACAAUUCGUGACCCCAAUGAUCCGAAUCUGUUGGAUUAUGUUCGGAGUAUUCUCAAAAACAAGCCUGAGCAACUUUUCAUCACUACUAGCGAUAGAAAGGCUCAGCAUCGGGUUGACGGUAAGUUGACUGGGCUGAGGUUCGCGUACUCUGCUACGCAGAUUAGUGUUGGUGCCGUGAACGAACCGAGUAGACGUCGCGAGAUCGCUCACGCUUUGGCCUCUGUCAGCACUCCGCUGACGGUUCUGACUGAUCAGGGAGUUCACUGGUCUUCGCGCUUUCUAGAGUCGGCACUCAUCCCUUUUGCAGAUAGUCGUGUUGGCUGCGUCACAGUUCCCAUGAUUGCACGCAAGCGAGAUGGAAUCUGGGGCUCGUUCUGGACAUGCCUCUUUUCCUGCUACUACGGUCUCAUGGCGGAGAAGAAUAGAGCCCUCAACGCACUCGACUCCUCUGCACUUUUCUCAGGCUCGCCUGUCUUGUUCCGCACCAAAUUGGCUGCCCAGCUGAGAUUCAAGCAGCAGUUUGAGGCUGAGCCGUGCUUAAACCGAUGGCGUGGUGUUCACAAAGCAGAUGAGUAUCUGUUCUUCAACCGGUACCUCCUCCAAGAGGCUGUCCAUGAAGUGCCUUGUCUUGUUGUUUUCCAAGACACACCGGACGCCACAGUUCAAGCGGACCGACGAUCUAUCGCCGAGUUCCUCAGUGAGUAUCUUCAGAUGACUCGGAAUCUUUGGCGUCUCAGCCGUGUCAUGAUCCGUCAGAGAGAGCGCAACCAGUACCCCUGGGCCUUUUUACUGACGCAUCUCAGCAGUUUUGCGUCGUUUACUCUGAUCUACGAUAUUCUAUUUGUUCUUCUCGUACACUUCACGAUCCAUCUUGACGACGACGAGUGGAUUGCUUGGGGCACAUUUGGAUCCUUACUUCUCAUCUUCCAGACGGUUGUGGGCGCACAGAUAGUCAGGCGUAUCACUGCCAACAACUACGGCUACGACGACUGUAGCACAGGGAUGCUUCUGGCCCUUUUGUUAGUUCAGCUAGCCUACUAUGUUCUUGAGGUCCUUAGGCUUGUGGCAUUGGCCACCGCAUGGAAGGCAGAUGUUGAACUGAUAAGUGAAGCUGACAUCAAAGCGCGAGCGGGUGACCCCGAAGCUCUGCGAUAUCAUGUUAACGGCGCUGAGGAGGCUCGAACGGAGAUCAAUGAACCGCCGUGGAUCUCAAGAUGCAUGGAGUUGGAGAGACCCCGGCGUGCGCUUCGACCACUGCCCGACUUCCCACUGUUCGUCAUUGAAGAAUAG